ACAGGGGCUGACAUCACUUAGGAAAGCGAGGGGGUAGGGCUGCCAGAUCAGUUUGUCACCACCCAGGCUCCCUUGCCUUUGGCUGGGUGCAACUUCCAUUUUAGGUGUUGGAUCUGAGGGGAAAAAAAAAGAGAGAGGGAGAGAGAGAAAGAAGAGCAGGAAAGAUCCUGAAAGGAGGAAGAGGUGGCGAAAAAUCAACUGCCCUGCUGGAUUUGUCUUUCUCAGCACAUUGGCGAAGCCUUGGGUUUCUUUCUUAAAGGACUGGUUUUUUGAAGUCCACGUUUGAGCUCUCUCCUUCCUGCUUCCUCCUUGCUGUGGUGGCUGGGAUGCUUCUUCCAUGAUUUUUUGAAUCUAGACUGGGCUGUUCUCUGUGUUAAACCAAUCAAUUACGACCUUCUCUUAACAGUGUGAAGUGAGGGGGGCCUUCUCCCUCCUUCCUCCUCCCUCUGUGAUCCACCUUCCUUUAUACCCUGCCCUGCGGCGGCUCUGCCCCUUACCUUCAUGGACGACUCAGAGGUGGAGUCGACCGCCAGCAUCUUGGCCUCUGUGAAGGAACAAGAGGCCCAGUUUGAGAAGCUGACCCGGGCGCUGGAGGAGGAACGGCGCCACGUCUCGGCGCAACUGGAACGCGUCCGGGUCUCACCACAAGAUGCCAACCCACUCAUGGCCAACGGCACCCUCACCCGCCGGCAUCAGAACGGCCGAUUUGUGGGUGAUGCUGACCUGGAGAGACAGAAAUUUUCAGAUUUGAAACUCAACGGACCCCAGGAUCACAGUCACCUUCUGUAUAGCACCAUCCCCAGGAUGCAGGAGCCGGGGCAGAUUGUGGAGACCUACACGGAGGAGGACCCGGAGGGAGCCAUGUCUGUAGUCUCUGUGGAGACCUCAGAUGAUGGAACCACUCGGCGUACAGAGACCACAGUUAAGAAAGUAGUGAAGACUGUGACAACAAGGACAGUACAACCAGUCCCUAUGGGACCAGAUGGGCUGCCUAUGGAUGCUUCAUCAGUUUCUAACAACUAUAUCCAGACUCUGGGUCGUGACUUCCGCAAGAAUGGCAAUGGGGGACCUGGUCCCUAUGUGGGGCAAGCAGGCACUGCUACCCUUCCCAGGAACUUCCAUUACCCUCCUGAUGGAUAUAGUCGCCACUAUGAAGAUGGUUAUCCAGGUGGCAGUGACAACUAUGGCAGUCUGUCCCGGGUGACCCGUAUUGAGGAGCGGUAUAGGCCUAGCAUGGAAGGCUACAGGGCACCUAGUAGACAGGAUGUGUAUGGGCCCCAGCCCCAGGUUCGGGUAGGUGGGAGCAGUGUGGAUCUGCAUCGUUUUCAUCCAGAGCCUUAUGGGCUAGAGGAUGACCAGCGUAGCAUGGGCUAUGAUGACCUGGAUUAUGGUAUGAUGUCUGAUUAUGGCACUGCCCGUCGGACUGGGACACCCUCUGACCCUCGCCGACGCCUCAGGAGCUAUGAAGACAUGAUUGGUGAGGAGGUGCCAUCGGAUCAGUACUAUUGGGCUCCUUUGGCCCAGCACGAGCGGGGAAGUUUAGCAAGCUUGGAUAGCCUGCGCAAGGGAGGGCCCCCACCUCCUAAUUGGAGACAGCCAGAGCUGCCAGAGGUGAUCGCCAUGUUAGGAUUCCGCUUGGAUGCUGUCAAGUCCAAUGCAGCUGCAUACCUGCAACACUUAUGUUACCGCAAUGACAAGGUGAAGACUGACGUGCGGAAGCUCAAGGGCAUCCCAGUACUGGUGGGAUUGUUGGACCACCCUAAAAAGGAAGUGCACCUUGGAGCCUGCGGAGCUCUCAAGAAUAUCUCUUUUGGGCGUGACCAGGAUAACAAGAUUGCCAUAAAAAACUGUGAUGGUGUUCCUGCCCUUGUUCGAUUGCUCCGAAAGGCUCGUGAUAUGGACCUUACUGAAGUCAUUACUGGAACUCUGUGGAAUCUCUCAUCCCAUGACUCGAUCAAAAUGGAAAUUGUGGACCACGCACUGCAUGCCUUGACAGAUGAAGUGAUCAUUCCACAUUCUGGUUGGGAGCGGGAGCCUAAUGAAGAUUGUAAGCCACGCCACAUUGAGUGGGAGUCAGUGCUCACCAACACAGCUGGCUGCCUCAGGAACGUAAGCUCAGAGAGGAGUGAAGCUCGCCGGAAACUUCGGGAAUGUGAUGGUUUAGUUGAUGCCCUCAUUUUCAUUGUUCAGGCUGAGAUUGGGCAGAAGGAUUCAGACAGCAAGCUUGUGGAGAACUGUGUUUGCCUCCUUCGGAACUUAUCGUAUCAAGUUCACCGGGAGAUCCCACAGGCAGAGCGUUACCAAGAGGCACCUCCCAGUGUUGCCAACAAUACUGGGCCACAUGCUGCCAGUUGCUUUGGGGCCAAGAAGGGCAAAGGGAAAAAACCUGUAGAGGAUCCAGCAAAUGAUACAGUGGAUUUCCCUAAAAGAACUAGUCCUGCUCGAGGCUAUGAGCUCUUAUUUCAGCCAGAGGUGAUUCGGAUAUACAUCUCACUCCUCAAGGAGAGCAAGACUCCUGCCAUCCUAGAAGCCUCGGCUGGAGCGAUUCAGAACUUGUGUGCUGGGCGCUGGACGUAUGGUCGAUACAUUCGCUCGGCUCUGCGUCAAGAGAAGGCUCUUUCUGCCAUAGCUGACCUCCUGACCAAUGAACAUGAGCGUGUAGUGAAAGCUGCAUCUGGAGCAUUGAGAAACCUGGCUGUGGAUGCUCGCAACAAAGAAUUAAUUGGUAAACAUGCUAUUCCUAACUUGGUAAAGAAUCUGCCGGGAGGGCAGCAGAACUCCUCCUGGAAUUUCUCUGAGGACACCGUCGUCUCUAUUUUGAACACCAUCAAUGAGGUUAUUGCUGAAAACUUGGAGGCUGCCAAAAAGCUUCGAGAGACACAGGGUAUUGAGAAGCUGGUGUUGAUCAACAAAUCAGGGAACCGCUCAGAAAAAGAAGUUCGAGCAGCAGCACUUGUAUUACAGACCAUCUGGGGAUAUAAAGAACUGCGGAAGCCACUGGAAAAAGAAGGGUGGAAGAAAUCAGACUUUCAGGUGAAUCUAAACAACGCUUCUCGAAGCCAGAGUAGUCAUUCAUAUGAUGACAGCACUCUCCCUCUCAUUGACCGGAACCAAAAAUCAGAUAAGAAACCUGAUCGGGAAGAAAUUCAGAUGAGCAAUAUGGGAUCAAACACAAAAUCAUUAGAUAACAACUAUUCCACAUUGAAUGAGAGAGGGGACCACAAUAGAACACUGGAUCGAUCUGGGGAUCUAGGCGAUAUGGAGCCAUUGAAGGGAACAACACCCUUGAUGCAGAAGAUUUAGCACCACUGUCUCCGUUCCAUCUGGGCUUAUAAUAUAUGUACUUUUUUUUGGUGGUGAAAUGGACGGAUGAUUUUCCCUUUCUUCGCUGGACUAUUGUGCCAACUGCCAGGCUGCCUCCUGCCCUCAUAGCCCUAAGUGGCUGCCUUCUUUCCAUCAACUCCCAACUUCUUCCAGUGAAGUUUAAUUGUCCCACCCCCCCCCCCAAGCCCAAUUUCUCCCAAGAAGCCUGACUCAGUUAUUUGCAUAUCUUGAGCAACUGCUGCAGAUUAGCUUUUUUUGCCAGCUCUCCCUGGAACUCUUGGCCUUGUGUGGAGGGAGGGAGAGAAUGGGAAUCUUCACUGGAAGCUGUGGGAAGACUUGGAAGUUACAUGCUGUAUAUGCAAUGUCCAGCAAUCUGAUAAACUGAUGAUUCUUAAGAUUUUUUUUCCUGGUGGGGAAGGGACUUUUUAUUUUCUUUUGGAGAAGGGGAAAUGUGAGCUCUUCCCUAAUUCCUAAUGGCUAUUUUUGAAGCAAAGAAGGCUGGCAACAUUGGCACAUUCCACCUGGCAAGGGCUCUUAAGUAAGUGGAGGUCUCCUAGAACCGGGAUUAAGAAACCUUGCUCUCCUCAUCUCCGAGGCAGGGACCGUCAAGGACCUACAGACUCCAUCUCUUCUACAAGCCUCAUGUCAACCAUGGGCUGCUGCUGCCGCCCCUUGCGGAGGCUGUCGUUAACCCUCCUCUCCCACCCUGUGAUAUGUCUGCUGACUUGGCCUGGCUAUUUGCAAAAGGCCAUAGAAAGAGGAGAAUGUCAAGACUUUUUGGUUGAGAAGGAGCAGAAAAAUGUCUUUUGAGAAGAAGAGGAACCUCUAGGAGGAGCCUACUAGGAAUGUACAUGAAGCAGUUAGUCAGAAACUGGCAGGAAGCUUCAAAGCUGGCUUCCCCUACCCUAUUUUUCCUUUUCCUGCCCUUAUAGGCCUAUCCUCCCCUGCCUCCACCCUGGAUUGGUUGGCCAACUAAGACUUGAUGUAUAUAACUCCUAUCCCUUUUACCUUAUAACGUGGGGAUUGCCCCUGGCUUCGCCUCUUCUUUGUGCCUUUGGCCUUGGGUGCAUCUCCUCCCUCCCUUCCAUGUGCCUUUCUUUGCCUCUGCAGUCUCAUUUCUCAUAAUUUUGCAAAUUGUAUUUUGUUGCUUUCUUACCCACUGUUGGCCCUAAAUAGCAGAAAGAGAAGAGAAGUGACCUAGAGAACCUCAGAUUCUCCAUUGGGGAUUGAUGUAGCCUCUGAUUUUAGCCAUAGCAAGCUUUUGCUCAACAGCAUAUGGUUGGGAUUUUGCAAAAAUACUGUUUUGAUAAAUCUCAAAGUGAGGUUGGUGGGAGGAGUGAGUGGUGCAACUCUUAUUCCUUAGGUGCCCAGAAUUCACCAUCAUCUCUGAAGGGGUUAUAGAGGAAAGUGUUCUCUCCCCAAUUCCCCCCUCCCCAAUACUGCCCCCUCUCACUUCAGCGUAUAUUAACAGGUUGGGCUAGAGGAAUCAGCUGCUAUGCGGGUUGAUUUUUUUUUUUUUAAUAUUUUUCCUUAAUUUGCCUUCCCCCUUAAUCUAAAAGCUCUGUUCCAUGCAACUGGAAUUCUUUAUCCCUCUCUUCCCCUUCCCUUAUAUAUUGAGGCUAUGGGGUAGGAGAAAAGUGCACAACCCACCACUCCCCUUCCCCAUGCAUUAAAAUUCCUUAUUUACCUUUUUCUCCCUUCCGUUUUCCCCACUUCUAUCCACCUUUCCUGGUAAAAAGGAGCCUUUUGCUCUCUGUCACCCUACGAGCACACUGCACAGGGGAAAUCGUCCCCAUCCAGACCCGGCUCCACUCUUGGCUUCUCUUGUCCUCUUCUGCUCUUUUCCUGGUGCUCUUUUUUUUCUCGGUGGGGUGUGGGUAAUAGAACAGCUGUGGGCUUUUGGGGACCUUUAACUGUUUUUUUCUUUCAUUUAUAAAAACACUAAACAUUCAAUUCCAGAGAACCAAAAAUCCCACCUUCCCACCGAACACUACUAAGGGGCACAUCUUCUGCUCCGUUCCUUUUUUCUUUUUCUUUCUCUCUUGUUAAUGCUUUUAAAAAAAAAUAAGUUUUUUAUAUAAAUAAAGUUUUUAAAGUGUGUAUGUAGGGAGUCUGUGUCAUUUCUUCACUUCAAGCUGUAUUUCUUCCCUCUUCAUCUUGGUUACUUCCUUCCGUUAUCAGUGUCCUUUUUCUUUCCAGAGCAACCAGAAGGAGUUUAUACCAGGAUUUAUUUUGAGCUCAUCCUCAGCUUAAACAACAUUCUUUUUAAUUAUACAUGAAACAUUUUUCCCCCGAAGAUUCUUAAAAAUUAAAUGUGGCUGAAGUUGAGCAUGAGGAGCUUAUUGCUCACUUAGAGAUAAGAAACCAAAGUAUAAAGAAUUAAUGACUUCCAUAGUCACUGCGAUUCUUUCGUAACAUUUGAGAAAACUAACAUUAAAUAAAGAUUACUACAAUAUGUGGCCCUCUUGAACAUAACACGAGUAGAAAAUUAGAAGCUACCAACUCCAACUGCCAUUCUAAUAAAUAUGAAAAUGUAGAAUUAAAAGGCCUGUGUAUACAAGUGGUGAUCACUGGGCCAUGAUGUGGCUUCUCAGGCUAUAUGCAGUCCUUCAGUCAGAAGAUGAUAGGCCUAUUUACUUGACAGACCAUACUAUUUGGUAGGACAUUAUUUGUGUGUGGAUUACCAGAGAUUGUCUCUACUGCAGAGGCCAAGGAUUAAGACCUAUGGAAGGAGACUUAUUUUUCUGAGGCUUUCAUAUCCUAUCAUAUAAUUAAAAGACUCAUGAAUUUAUGUAAAAUGCUUAAAUUUUUAGAUUAAAAUUAUAUAGUUGCUGCUG